ACGGAAAUAAUAAAAUGAAUUCUAUCGACAAAAAAAAAAGUAAAAAAAGACAACCAAUUUACUUUUGUUUACAGAAAAAAUAUUACAAAGAAGACAAAGAUACUUGCAAGAAAGAGAAAAAAAAAAAGCAGGUUAAAAAACAACAAAAUUGUAUGACCUUAAAACAAGAAAUGGAAAAUGACUUGGACCAAUUUGAACAGUUUUAUUUGCCAAAUAUAAGUGAAACACAGGAAGAGCAGGAAAUUAAAAUAGAAGUACAUUUAACAGGCAAUUGUUACAAUGAGUACAUAACAGAAGUAGAAGAAAAUAAGCCGUUGAGUACAACCACUGACUUAUCAAUGGAUACAAAGUUGCACUACAUUGAAAAUACUGACAAAUGUAGUUCGACAACCCAGAUUUGUCCACAAUAUUUUAACAAAAGUAAUGGCAGUUUCAAUGAAUCAUGUUUUGAGCCAAUUAUAAAAAUUGAAUUGGGAGAUUGUGACUGCGAAAACAAGGUUGAAGUAGAAGAAGCAGAUGAACAUUGGAACACAUAACUUACCACUGACUUGUUGAACAAUGUGAAGACAGAUUGCACUGUAGUUUAACAACCCAAACUACUUUUUUAUAAAAAAAAUUGAAGAAAAUGCAUACAGUGUAAUUGAAUUGAGUAUCAUGACGAAAAUCAAGAAAUAUAAAAGAAAUCAUUGCAUAAUACUUUGACAUUCGACAAGCAGCACAAGAAAAUCAGCAGACAAGCGAGAAAAACUAGCAACAUUUACGUACACCUACACAUGUGGAAUGUGCUUUAAGCCUUUUUCGACAAAAGGACCAACGGGAUACCAGGUACUUAUUUAGCCUAAAUUAAUUUACAGGGACAGUGUCAGCUGGUAAAUCGCCUAGCCAUAGGAAACGGAAUCGACUGCUAAGCUGUUGCCUAAAAUAACACUACUAAGGUGCCUCUUUACCUCUUUGAUUUGCUGACUAACAGUAUUAUAUUAUAUCAAGCAUAAGUUGCAUUGCACUAGCAAAAUAAGCAUGAGAAUUUGUGGACUUGAAGAAAAAAUCCAUGUUGUUGAUAAUGAUGUCACUGUUAAAGAAAUCAUUAGAGAUAUAGUUAGAUCAAAGGAAAAAGCUGAUGCGUUUUAUAUAUUUGAUAUUGGUGAUCUUGUAAACAAAGUUAAAAUAUGGAAGGAACAAAUGCCUCGUGUGAAACCUUUUUAUGCUGUAAAAUGCAACGACAACUUACUUUUAUUGGAAACUCUAGCAGCGUUAGGUCUCUGUUUCGACUGUGCUUCAAAAGUCGAGAUAAAGAAAGUAAUGGAUUUGGGAGUUGAUCCGUCUCGGAUCAUAUUUGCUAAUCCGAUCAAAAUGGUUUCACAUAUUAAAUACGCCAUGAGUCAGUGUGUCAACUUGACAACAUUUGACAAUGAACUAGAACUCUACAAGAUCAAGUCCAUUCAUCCAUCUUGCAAAUUAGUCAUCCGAAUUCGUUGCGACGCGUCUUCAUCUCUAUUGUCACUUGGUGUGAAGUUUGGUUGUGAUCCUUAUACAGAAGCUCCGGCACUGUUAUCGUUGGCUCGAGAUUUAGAUUUGUCCGUCGUGGGCGUUAGUUUUCACGUGGGAUCUGGCUGCACCGAACCUACUGCUUUCCGACGGGCUAUUUCCGCUUCGGCGUCCAUUUUCCGUCUUGCCGAACAACUAGGGUUUUCAAAUAUGUACGUGCUAAAUAUUGGCGGCGGUUUUUUAGGAAACAAGAAUUCUUCAUUAGAACAAUUUUCCGAUAUAGUGAAUGAUGCUCUGAACGAAUGGUUUCCGCCUUCAAGUGGUGUGACUAUUAUCGCAGAACCGGGCAGAUAUUUUGCGGAAACAGCUUUUACUCUAGCUACCAAAAUCUAUUCGAUCAAGAACCGUCCAAACGAAGAACACAUAAUGUAUUUUAUUAACGAAGGAUUUUACGGGUCAUUUAGAGGCCCUAUUCUCGAGCAGUCAACUUUGGUGCCGCCCAAGCCACUGUUUGAAAAUUCAGCGAGCCCAGUAGUCAAGAGUUCUCUAUGGGGACCAACUGGCGGUGCUUUGGACAUAAUAGUCGAUUCCAUUAAUUUGCCACGGAUGCAUAUGGGCGAUUGGAUUACAUUUGAGAAUUUGGGAGCAUACACCAUACCCGUCGCCUGUACGUUUAAUGGUUUCCCCUUAUCCAAAAUCUUUGCUGUUGUCAACCGACGAAUUUGGCAUAAAUUAAAAAACCUGAUGCCGAUAUCAGAAGAACACUUUACAACUGAGCCUAUUGUCGCUACGAUUAAAAGGGCACGAGCAGAAUCAAGCGAUGAUGUUUUAUGGGACGACACCGAUAUCGAACAUACCAUACAAUAUCCAUGUCUUCAUUUGAAAAAAGUGUUCACCUCUCUAGAAAUAUAAUAAUAGUUUUGUAGGUUUUUAUAAGAAAAUUUAUUAAGUUUACUUUUAUUGUUGUUAAAAGUUGACAUACAUUUUUGUUAGCAUUAACUGAAUUGAGUAAAGAGGCAGCUCCUGGAUAUUUUACAUUAUUAUUUUUAAUCAUUUUAUUUAUGUAUUUUCAAUUUACUUAUAGUAUAAUAUAAGUGUUGUUAUUUUCUAAACAUAACUAUAUUUAUUGGAUUUGAGUUUAUUAUAGCAGAACAUA